UUCAUUUUUCCAAUGAGCAUCUGAGCGAGCUCGAGCGCUGCGGUAACAAAGUAACACCUCAUCCCUCCAAAAAGCCGACAAGAUGGGGGAAGUAAAAUCGCCCAGACACAUGUUUUUGUGGAGCAUUGCGCUUAUUUACAUGUGCGCUUUUGCAUCCAUCUACAUACAGAUACCAGGUCUGUAUGGUGAUGAUGGUAUGGUUCCUGUGCGCCUGCUGAUGCCCAAGGUGCAAGGAUCUCUGCUGGAGCAGUUUCAGGCCUCCCCGUCCCUUCUGUGGCUUGGAUCGUCUCUGGGUCUGGAGCCCCAACAGGCCCUGGAGCUCAUCUGUCUUGUAGGAGUGGUGCUCGGUCUGGGUGCUGUGCUUUUCGGGUUCCUGACAGACAGUUUGAUCUACCUCUGUCUGUGGGCCCUUUACCUCUCUUUAUAUAAUGUUGGAGGGGACUUUCUCCACUCUGAAUGGGACAUGCUGCUGUUGGAGGCCGGAUUUCUGGCUGUGCUUGUAGCUCCACUCGGCUUGCUGCGUUGUCUCUCCGCACACAGGUACCAUGACCCUGUGACUUUUUGGUUGACUCGCUGGCUGUUCUUCCGACUGACCUUCUGCACGGGUGUGAGUAAGCUGGCCAGCGGUGACCCUGCCUGGUGGCAGCUCUCAGCGCUGGGUCAUCAUUUUGAGAACCAGAUGAGCCCUACGCCUUUGGCAUGGUAUGCCCAUCAGCUUCCUGAUUGGUUACUGAAGUUUGCAGCUGUGGUUGUGUUGCAGUGUGACAUUGUUGUGCCGCUUCUGACGUUCUUUGCUCCCAUUCGGCGUUUGAGGCUUUUCGGAUUUUAUGUUCAGAUGCUUCUCCAGCUCUGCUCCAUCCUUAUGGGUAGCUGCAAUCUUCUGAGUCUGCUGAGCAUCGCCCUGAGCUUCUCAUUGCUGGAUGAUGAUCAUUUUGGCACCUGUGCCAGUCAAAAAAAGAAGAAAAAAACCAAGUCAUGGACUCAGUCUUUGGUCUCCAUCCUGUCUCUUCUGGGCGAGUUGGCCGUUUACUUCUUCAUUGUAUACAGUGAAGUUAAACUCUUCAAACUGCAGAUUAACUGGGAAGAAAAAUCGCUGUCCUCCAAAACAAAUUUCACGAAAAAGGAGUUUGAUGAGUUUCUGAAGUUGAUCGAGGUGCCCACUAUCUGGGUUGCUGUGUUGUCAUUCACCUGGGAAGCUGUAGUUGCUAUGUUAAAGUGUGUGUGCACACGCGGCAUUAUGAGCAAGCUGUGGUCCCUUAUUCAGUGGACGAUCAUGACGGCAGCUGCUGUGGGCGUCUUGACCCUCAGCGUGGUUCCAUACACAUCUAUGGCAGGAGGUAAAGUAUUUCCCGGGGUACGAGAAGCUUACAACACAGUGGAACAGUACCACCUUGUUGGGGCGUACGGUAUACAGCACAGAGUGACAUCUGUUGACGGCAGACCCGAAAUCAUUUUAGAAGGCAGCCGUGAUGGGUUAACAUGGACGGAAAUGAACCUCAUGUAUAAACCAGGAAGCGUGAAUGUGGCGCCACCUUUAGCAGGAGCCCACCAGCCUCGAUUGGAGUGGAUGAUGUGGCAGGCAGCUCAAGGAGGGCAUGAUGAAAGCCUGUGGUUUACAGGCCUUGUACAGCGCCUCCUACAGGGCAAACCUGAAGUUGUAAGUCUGCUCCAGGUUGAUGAAACUCAGUACCCCUUCAGUAAGAAACCCCCAGCCUUCAUCAAAGCCAAUCUUUACAAAUACCAAUUUACAGAUCCUACUGAAGACAAGUCCCAUCCGCAGGCAUGGUGGCGAAGAGCGUUCUCAAAGAAGUUUUUACCCGAUGUGACACUUGAUGACCCCAUCCUAAAGAAAAUGUUAGAACAGUCUGGACUGAAGGAAAAGUUCCCAGUUCAGCCCAGCUCGGACACACAUGUAUCCCAAGCCCUAAGUCUCAUGCGGGGCCAGGUUAAGGGCCUCUCGGGGGCCCUAGUGCUUUCAACUCUAUUAGCGACUGUAGCUGGUAUCUUCCUUGUCAAAGCCAUCUUGUCCUGGGCUUUAGGAGGCAGAAAACCCAGAUCAGCUACGGCUGAUCACAAGAUUAAAAAACCGUCAGACUCAACAGAGAAAACCCACGGGGCAUCUUCGUCUAACCGGGGAAACAAGAAGGACAACUCUGAGGACAGGAAGGUGGACACAGACAGGAGUCCGCGCAAGAGAAAAUAAGCUCGUAUGGUCACUUUGUGCCUUUUCAUUGGUGAGAUGAGCUGACAAAUGUUUAUUCUCAGGUGUACAUUUUCUAGGAUUCAUUUUUCCUCUACUUGUCCCCCACACCACAGAUUUGAUUAUUUACCACUACAUUGUAUUUUCUAAAGCUUUGACUUUAAGCCAGAACCACUCUGUAUAUGUCAGCAGUCAGAUACACAGUACACAUGGGAUAUAAUUGGUUGUGAUUGGGUAUGAAUGUUCACCGAGUCUAUUUUUAAGUUGUUGACUGUUACACCCUUCUUUAAAUGCAGUGGACGUCCCAAAAGUUGCAACAAAAGCACAAAUGCGAUUUUUCUCAUGCUAUUUAUCUCAUUAAAUUGUUGUUGAUAAAUUCA